ACUGCUGGGGGUCACAUGGGCUCUGUGCUGGGUGGGGGCUGCGUCUUGCUGACACUCCCCCCCCUUCUGCCCCCCCAGCUCUCCACGCUGGGCAGUAGCCGGUCGGAGAAGGGCUCAUCGUGGUCCAGCCGGUCGCUGGGCGCCCGCUGCCGCAACUCCAUCGCCUCGUGCCCCGAGGAGCAGCCGCACAUCGGCAACUACCGCCUGCUCAAGACCAUUGGCAAGGGCAACUUCGCCAAGGUCAAGCUGGCGCGGCACAUCCUCACUGGCCGGGAGGUUGCAAUAAAAAUCAUCGACAAGACGCAGCUGAACCCCACAAGCCUGCAGAAGCUCUUCCGGGAGGUGCGGAUCAUGAAGGGCCUGAACCACCCCAACAUUGUGAAGCUGUUUGAGGUGAUAGAGACGGAGAAGACGCUCUACCUGGUGAUGGAGUAUGCUAGUGCUGGUGAAGUCUUUGACUACCUCGUGUCGCACGGGCGGAUGAAGGAGAAGGAGGCCCGGGCCAAGUUCAGACAGAUCGUCUCGGCUGUGCACUACUGCCACCAGAAGAACAUCGUCCACCGGGACCUGAAGGCCGAGAACCUGCUGCUGGACGCGGAUGCCAACAUAAAGAUCGCUGACUUUGGGUUCAGCAACGAGUUCACACUGGGCUCAAAGCUGGAUACGUUCUGCGGCAGCCCCCCCUAUGCCGCGCCUGAGCUCUUCCAGGGCAAGAAGUACGACGGCCCCGAGGUCGACAUCUGGAGCCUUGGUGUCAUCCUCUACACCCUUGUCUCUGGCUCCCUGCCUUUCGAUGGCCAGAACCUCAAGGAGCUGCGCGAGCGGGUGCUGCGGGGCAAGUACCGGGUGCCCUUCUACAUGUCCACAGACUGCGAGAACAUCCUGCGACGCUUCCUGGUGCUGAACCCGGCCAAGCGCUGCACCCUGGAGCAAAUCAUGAAGGACAAGUGGAUCAACAUUGGGUAUGAGGGCGACGAGCUGAAGCCCUACAAGGAGCCAGAGGAGGACUUCGGGGACACCAAGCGCAUCGAGGUGAUGGUGGGCAUGGGUUACACCCGUGAGGAGAUCAAGGAGUCCUUGAGCAGCCAGAAGUACAAUGAGGUCACGGCCACCUACCUCCUGCUGGGCAGGAAGACAGAGCAGGUGGAGGGCGGCGAGUCCCGCACGGGCAGCAGCCUGUCUCUGGCAAGGGUGCGGGCACCCAGCGAGGUCUCCAACGGCUCCAGUAAGGCCUCGUCUCACAGCAAGAGCCAGCGCAGCACCUCCACUUAUCACCGCCAGCGACGGCACAGCGACUUCUGUGGCCCAUCGCCAGUGCCGGCACACCCCAAGCGCAGCCCCACGAGCACAGGCGAGGCAGAGCUGAAGGAGGAGCGCAUGCCACCACGCAAGGCCAGCUGCAGCAUGGUGGGCAGCGGGCGUGGCAUCCCCCCCUCCAGCCCCAUGGUGAGCAGUGCCAACAAUCCCAACAAGGCUGAGAUCCCUGACCGGCGCAAGGACAGCGCUGUCACCACGAACAACAUCCCGUCGAGUGUGAUGACACGGAGGAACACAUAUGUGUGCACCGAGCGCCCCGGCACUGACCGCCACUCCCUGCUGCAGAAUGGCAAAGAGAACAGCUCUGUGAGUGCCCGGGUACCACCGGCCUCGCCAUCCAGCCACAGCAUCACGGCAGCCUCGUCGGCCGAGCGAGCACGCCUGGCGCGGGGCUCCAGUGUGCGCAGCACCUUCCAUGGAGGGCAGGUGCGGGACCGGCGCGGCACCGUGCAGAACGGGCCGCCCACGUCACCCACGCUGAGCCAUGAGGCCGCCCCCGCUCCCCACAGCCGCAGCCGCGCCACCUCCAACCUCUUCAGCAAGCUCACCUCCAAGCUCACCCGCCGGGUCACACUGGACCCAUCCAAGCGACAGAACUCGAACCGCUGCGUCUCGGGUCCCUCCCUGCCGCAAGGGGCCAAGAUCAGGUCGCAGACAAACCUGAGGGAAUCAGGAGACCUGCGCUCACAAGUGGCCAUCUACCUGGGCAUCAAGCGGAAGCAGAACCCUGGCUGCUCCGACGUCCCAGGAGUGUGACAGUGACAAGCGCCCUGCCCGCCGCCCCCGCCUUGCCCAGCUGCCCGCGGAGGCUGAGGGUCUGCACUGCCACCGUCCCCACCUCGAAGCGCCGUGCCAGAGCUGGGACCUGUGCACAUCCCCAGCACCGCUGGCUCUCUGGCCCAUCAGGAUGGGGCUAGGACGUCACCGCAUUGCCAGAUGCCUCCAGCUCUGUCUCCAGCACCGCCCACCCUCCCCAACCAAAGCGCCGGGCUCUGACCACCAUAGGACCCCUCUGCAGGCCACAGCCCCAGAGAGGGUCCAGCGCCAGGGCCUGGGUGCGAGGCUAGGCCCUGGCAUGUGCUGGGCAUAGUCCCCACCCUGCCUCCUGGCCCAGGGCCGUGGGGGCUGGAGGGGCAGCCCAGCUUUCCCCGAUAGGCCCUAGGGCAUCUGGGCACUGAGCCAUUCCCUCGGUGGG